AUUUACAAAUUCGCCAAAAGUUUCCUUCAAUUUUACAAGGAAAUCAAGCCAAUGAUAUUUCCAAAUAUUUAAUGCACUGAUAUUUUAUAUAUAAAAUAAAAAUCUCCUUAGACAAAAAAUUUGAACUAAAACAACAAACAUAUCAUGCUAUAAAAUAGAGAUUCUGUAGCAAGAAAUUCUUGAUAUUUCACACACUGCCUCUCUAGCUACCAUGGAACACAACGAACAAAGAACCAUAACCACCAAACUCGUGAAAUCCAAAUUCUUCCCCAAAGUUGUUCGCAUUUCGGUCACUGAUCACAACGCCACAGACUCCUCCAGCGAUGAAGAAAAAGAAGAACACAUCCCGAGGAUCAAGAAAGUAGUUAACGAGAUAAGAAUUGUGUGUGUCUCAAGCAAUAACAACAGUGGUUGCCAAGAGAAUGAAAGUCUCAAACAACAAGAGAAAAAUCAGCGAAAAUUCCGCGGCGUCCGGCAGCGGGCCUGGGGCCGGUGGGCCGCCGAGAUUAGAGACCCGGCCCGACAAAGGCGGGUAUGGCUCGGCACUUUCGACACUGCUGAAGAGGCCGCUAUGGUGUAUGACAGAGCCGCUAUUAGUUUAAGAGGUGCUCAAGCUGUUACUAAUAUAAUCAAACCAACAACACCGUGCAUAAACCAUAAUAUUACGAAUGAGAUUAGUUUCUGUGUCAAUGGAUCGAAAGAUACAUGUGGCAUGUGGACAAAAAAACCUACACAUGUGGUACAAGACGAGGAUGUGUACGGUCACAAUGUUGUUAGUGUCACGAGUUGUGGAUACCCUUCACCCACUUCUGUUCUCAUGUUUCGGCCUUGGGUGGAACCCUUAUUAUUGGAAGAUACGUCUCAAGGGUUGAUAGAAAAUGAUAAUGAUGAUAAUUUCUUGUUCCAAGAUCGUGUAUUCUACGAAGAACCUCUUCCUAUGAUGUUUUCUAAUGUUGAUUGUGUUGAUGUUCCGUUGUACGAGGAUUUUGAAUCGUGUAAAUGGGACUUAGAUAACUAUUUCACUGAUCCUUUGUUGCAACCAUGAUGAGAUGUGGGUUCACAAAGGAAAAAAAAGUUGUAUCUUUGUGUUUAGUCUAUUUUGGAGA